GCUUGACAGCGUCUACAGACUGAUACAAACGUAGAUGGCUCGGGGUCUCGGAGGCAGGUGACGCGCCAAGGCGGUUCGGGUGAGGUGAGGUCAGCCGAGGUUCGAAAUGUUGACACCGGGCGCUCCGUCACCCACGGCUGUGCGCUCGUGAAGCUCAGAGGACAUUGCCUGGAACAUUGCCUGGAACGUUGCGACAUAGCGAAACAUGGCGACGCUCUACGACGACGUCAGCGGGUCGCGCUACCUCUCAUCAUCCAUCUCGUCGCUCUCGACGUCGCGGCAACAGUCGUCGCAGAUCGCCAAAGCGUACCGACAGGCCGCCCAGCUGUUCCUGACGCGACGACUCCCCGAGGCGCUGUCGACCAUCGAGCCCAUCAUCACGCCGCCGCCCAUCGACGCGGCCGACGUCGUGGGCCAUGCGCCCGUCGCGACGGCGUCACGCGGCACCCGGGUCAAGGUGUGGAGCUUCUACCUCACCUUCCUCAAUGCCGUGGUCGAGCUGGGCGCCGAAGAGGGCAAGCACGCCUUUGGCAGCACGCGAUGGAAGCAAUUGGUCUCGCAGUGUCGCGACGGCAGCAUCUGGGACCACGUGGUCCGCGACGGCUAUGCGGGUGUCGAGGGCGACGUGGACGCCGAUGUUGUCGUCAACCUAGCCACCCUCCUCCUCACGCAUGCGCCCUCGCAGCGCCUCAACCAGCAGAAGCUCGAGACGUACCUCUCCGCCACGGCCAACCCAGCCCUCGACGUCUCCUCGCACAUGUCCUCUCCGGCAUACCUCGACAAACGGCCAGGCCAUCGUAGGCAACACACCGGCACCGACACCCCACGCGACCUGGAAAAGCGCAUCAAGCUCCUUGAGCUCUACACCCUGCACGUCCUGCCACGAAACGACGAAUGGGACUACGCCCGCGACUUCAUCUCCAUGUCCGAGGUGCUGGACCAAGAGCGCAAGGAAGCCUUCCUGCUGGCACUGCACUCUCUCAAGGAAGAAAAGGAAGACACGCAAGCCCGCGAAGAGAAGCUACGCCAGCAACAACAAGAGCAAAUGGAGGAGCGCCGCAGAGAAACCGAGGCCAAGCGCCUCGAGCAGUCGCGCGCACAAGACGAACGCCGCAUACGCGAGGAACAAAACAGACGCCAACCCCGCGGCUCAGACGAGCGCUUCCGCAAACCCCAACCCACACCACAACCCACGCCAUCGCAGUCUUCCCGCACCUCCCGAACGCCCGCCAAGAAACCAACCACACCACCGCCCGGCCUCUACAACCGCGCAUCUACCAUGUUCGCAAACAUACACACCAUGAUAUCCGAUACCGCCCAUCACAUGACUGCCAAUCCCAUGGCUUUUUUCCGUACUUUACUGUUCUUAUUGGCGUUUGGCUUGGCGUUUGGCAGGCGCCAUCUUAGAGAGAGGAUACUACGCAUCAUACGGACUGCGUGGGACAAGGUGAGACGUACCGUGGGAAUGGGCGUCAAGGUUUCCUACAUCUAACCUGUCUGCCACAUGUGGGUUCGGUUCUUAUGGUUAUAUAUUCUUCUUUCUAAACAUUACUACCGUCGGUCAUGCUAACCUCUUGCAAUAUCAUCAUGCUCUUCGUCUUCGUCCUUGAUGUUGGUCCUGUCAUCUCACAUACGUUAGUCUUCAUUGCAGCCUUGGCCUGUCCCGGGCUGAUGCCAUUGCGCGCGUCUUCCCACAUUCCAGACA